GCUCCACGCUCGCUCUCCCGCAGUUCCCCGGGCAACAGGGAGGGAGUCGCCGGAAGGGGCGGAGUUGGCUGCUGCCGGCGCGCGUGACGUCACGCCGCUAGACCGUCCCGGCGGCCGCCCCUCGUGCAGUGUGGCCGGGAAGCUCGCUGGCCGGCGGAGGGGACCUGAGCGGCGAGCGGCCCCGACCCGAACCCGCAGCUCUCCUGAGGCGGGGGCGCUUAGGGGUCAGUAGAAGAAGGUGCCUCCUGCACUGGGUCAAAGAAGCCAUGUGGAGGAAUUGUGUUAGGUUGGCAAAGGGGCUUGGUUGCAGUGCAGUCUUCCGUCUGGAUCCAAAGGUGUCACGCUGCAGUGUCAUUCGAGGGUUAAGUCCAACAGCCCCAUGCAGUCUGCUCUGGAACUCUGUAACCUGGCUCUCUCAGGCCAGACAGUUGAAGGAUUAUGCCCUCCCCAACUCCAGCUGGAGCCAGGGCAUGAUGGAUUUGUAUAGCAGGUUCCUGGAGAUGUGUAAAGAUGGGACAUGGAAAAGGAUUCCUUCCUACAGCAAUAGUGCUGAUCAUAUACCAGAAUCGCUGAAGCUAGCGCCUGAAAAGGAGCGGAAGGAAACCCGCCUCUUCCCCAGAAACAUGGAUACAGAAGGACUGGGCUUCGAAUAUGCCAUGUUCCUUAACCCAUCUGAGAAAAGGAUGGUGUGUCUGUUCCAGCCGGGCCCCUAUCUGGAAGGGCAUCCAGGGUUUGCCCACGGGGGCUCCACAGCAACGAUCAUUGACAGCACUAUUGGGGGCUGCGCUAUAUUUGUUGCUGGCAGGGUGAUGACUGCUAACCUCAGUAUAAACUACAGGAACCCCAUUCUGCUGGGCUCGGUGGUCUUGGUGGACAGCAAAGUGGACCAAGUCGAGGGAAGGAAAGUGUUUCUGUCCUGUCAAGUCAGGAGCAUCGAUGGCCAAACGCUUCAUGCAGAGGCAACUGCCCUGUUUAUCCAGCUGAAUUCCACAAAGUCCCUGCAACAGCAGAUGAGCUCCCAGUGAGUCGUCUUGGCCUGUCAGACGACCAGGCUGCAGCCGAUCACACUACAGCCUCUGCUUCUCUCCGGUUGCUAAUUCCCUGCUCUGAUCUCUCCUGUUCUGAGGAGAGAGCUCUGCCCUGGACUUCUCCUGAGUAACAGUGACAUGGUGCAGAUUCUUCUGCAUUCAUCGACUUUGGGGGGGGCCUCUCUUAAGGCCACCUCUGCCAAUUGGGCUCCACUACAGCUGUCGUGUCGUCCCACCCUCAGCUGGCCGGUCAGUUUCUGAUUAACCUCCGAACAUGAAGGUCCCAUUCAUUGCCUGCUGUACCGGGAACUGCUGCUGGGAGUUGGUGCCAUCUAUGGACUUUAGAGGCAGUGAGCUCUGCGUGUUGUUGUGUGUUACAACUUGAGGUGUUUUAUCAAAGGACAAAUGCGAUAAACCCUUGGUCAGCCAUUUCCUGCACUGCAAGCAUGUAGAUUCUCUCAGCUCCUACACAUAUUUCUUAUUGUUGUUUCCAUUUUGUCUGCCAGCCCUCUUGUCUGCUGAGGAAACUUGUGCGCUAUCUUCUGGUCCAGCAUGCUGUCUGUCCUUCACAGCAUAUGCGAUCUACAUGCCUCGGGAUGGGUAAUGGGUUUUGAAACCUUAUGCGCCAGUUCACCAGUUCAGGUCUAGUUCUGCUAGACAGGGUGAUCCAGAUCCAAGUUGUAUCUUAUCCUCUUGGCUGUGACCCAUUUUCCUUUAGCAUGGAGGAGUGGGGGGGGGAGGAAGGGGAGGGGGAAGGAAUUUGGCUUCCAUGCCUAAAAGAAGAUAACGUAGAACAUAAUUUGUCCCUGUCAUUGGAACUUAGUGGACGGAUCUGUUUAGUGACACGCGAGCCAGAAGAGAAAUGAGCUCCUGCUCUCGUAAGCUCUGCAGAGCCAACGCAGGAAUUAAAAAGUAGAUCUGAGUCCGAUUAUGGUAUAGAUCUAUGGCAUUGGAAGGCACUAUCAUGCAAGAGUCACCGCAGAGUUUUGCAGAGAUGUUUUUAGGGCUGAUUGAAAAUUUUCAGUCAAAACCUUUUUCUUUUUCAUGGAAAAUCGGGCCUUUGAUCAAACAAAAAUUUGCAGAAUGCCUCUGCUUUCCACGGCAGACUUAUGUGUUUUCCAUCAGAAAAUGGAAGGCUGGAAUGGAAAUAAUUUUGAUCCCGAAAUGCC